AUGGCGAAACCAACCCAUGAAGACCACCAGGUGGAAGGCUCUGCAACAAUGUGGCCGCCUGGCACCAUCUGUCUCGACGACAUGAGGCCGUCAGACGACAGGCAGGUCAUCCUUCAACCACGACCGAGUGAAGAUCCCAAUGAUCCACUCAACUGGUCCAAAUGGCGCAAGUACUGGAACUUCGGCCUUGUUUGUUUCUACGUGGCCAUGGUCGCCGAGUUCAUCAAUGCUAAUUCGCCAACAUGGGGAGCGAUGAACAAGGAGCUCGGAUACUCGUACGAGAUCUUGAAUGAUAGUUACGCCGUGGGCUGCGCUUCUCUCGGGCUCGGUUCCAUCAUCCUGAUCCCGUUCGCCCUCAAGUACGGCCGUCGACCAAUCUACAUCUUUAGCACGGUGCUGCAGUUCGCUCUCAGCAUAUGGUCGGCAAAGAUGCAGACCGUCGCCGACAUAAUGCUGAUCAACAUCCUCCAAUGCUUUUUCGGGAGUCUUGCUGAGACCAUCGUCCAGAUGACCAUCGCGGACCUGUUCUUUGUGCACCAGCGCGGAAAGAUGAAUGCAUUCUACAUCUGGACCUGGUAUGUCGCCACUUACCUCGGUAUCUUGAUCGCCGGUUUUGUCGCCAAGGGUCAGGGAUGGAGAUGGAUCUGGUGGUGGAACGUCAUCUUCUUUGGCAUUACUAUCUUUGUCGUGUUCUUCGGUUACGAAGAGACCAAAUAUAUCCCGCCCUUCCCUACAAGUUUGCCUCAGUCGACGGAGCCUCAUGAUACCGCUCUGCCAAAUGCAGAUGGAGAGAAAGUGGACGUGAAGACCUCUGACCAGGGCGUCGCCAAACUUCACAGGUCGAUCCGAGAAGCAGAGCAAGAUUCGCCUGUGAAUCUUCACACGGUUCACAUAAACCCCGACAUUCCGGUCAAGACCUACUGGCAGAGACUGGCCAUCCUCACCACCACGUCGUCUUCCGAGGGAGGAGCGCAGUCUUUCCUGCGUCACACCUGGCAGCCUCUCGUCCUCCUCGGCACCAUCCCUGCUGUAGCCUUCGCAGCCCUUGUCUAUGGCAUUUUGACGGGGUUGGGAGAUACUAUGUCUGCCACGUUGUCGACCUAUCUGCCCGAGCCUCCUUACAACUUCAACUCUGACCAGAUUGGCCUCAUGAGCAUCCCUAGAAUGAUUGGCUCCACGAUUGGCCCUCUCGUUGGGCCGCUCAGCGACUGGUGGAUCGUGUACCUCGCCCGCCGCAAUAAAGGCAUAUACCAGCCGGAAACCCGGUUGUGGUGCAUCAUUCCCUUCCUGGUAUUCGUCCCUGCCGGUUCACUGAUGUUCGGUAUUGGCCUGAACAACUCUGUGCCCUGGCCCGUCAUCGCAGUUGGGCUCGCUCUGUACCAGGUUGGGAUCACCUCGAUCAAUACUAUUGUUUUGACCUACUUGACCGACUGCUACCAAGACAUAAUUGGAGACGCUUUGGUCGGUGUGACCGUCGUCCGUAAUACCUUUAGUACUGCAUUUGUCUUCGCCGUCACGCCCUGGGCCGCGAAAGUGGGUAUCAAAUGGGUGAUGGUCACCAUUCUAGUCAUCGCGUGCGUUAUCCUGUUGUUUUUCAUCGUCUUCAUCAAGUGGGGAAACAUGUUCCGAGCUCGCUUUGCUUCGAGAUACCACUAUUACGCUGCUAGGCAGUACAAGGAGAGAAACCACUAG